AUGGAGAAAGAGCAGGCGUUGGUGCGACGGAUUACCAACGACAUGCAAAUCGCGCACUAUGUUCGUCAGAUGGAAAUGGCACGAUCACAUGGAAAACGACAUCGCGGUGCAUUUUCGACUGGUGUCUACCGAAUUCGCUCGUUACGUUUCGUCGAAGCCGGACUACGCCGUGCUCUGUGGUAUCUCGGCAAAGCAGUUGCAAACCAUAAACUUCUAUUCGUGUUGUUGCCGAUCAUUUUCGUGUCGGCGUCUUUAAUCGGUCCGGUGCUACACCGUAAUAAAAUGACCGCCACGAUGCCGUUUUCUGUGCUGGGCGGUCAUGGUAAUGACGUCAUCUCGAAUGGGUACAGUAUACAACGAACACAACGAGACUUCAACUACAGUAAUCCAGCAUUCACUGCAUUGAAUUUUCUUGACACAUCCACCUAUGCAGUGCUGUUGAGAACAACGGUAGCACGAGAUACGAUCCUACGUAAAGAUGCCGUGCUAGCAUAUUCAGCCUUGAAAAAGCGGCUCGAUAAUUUUCCAAUCGGGAAUCGUGAGUUCUUGGAAGCGUGUCCAGCGGAAUGUGAAGCGGAAAGGGAGAUGGUUGACAAGAUUGUUAAGAAAAGUCCUCAGGUCGCGCUCACAUUCCCGGAAACGUUUGUCAGCAUGGGUAAGGACUCGACAAAUCUUAGCCGAGUAUACCUUGGAGGAGCUAUCGGAGGUGUGGAAACCGAUUCGGAUGGUGCCAUCUCUCGGGCCCAGUCUCUGAUGUUGACAUUCAAGUUGAAGGAAAGUGUGACGGCUGAACAAAAUGCCGCAUGGGCAGAAAAUUUUGCGGAGCAGGUUCACACUACAUCAGCACCAAACGUUUCUCUGUCAUACUGGUCCCCGUCAUCGUUCUCAUCGUGGGUGAUUCGUUCGUUAUCCAAAGGGCUACAGAUGGUUAUUCGUUCUGUGAAUACAUCGUUGUUCUGCUCUGGCGCUCAUUUCGGCGGCCAAUGCCUAUCGGUAUCCUUGAGUGAUUAA